AUGAACCAGGCCGAACUGACUACAGAGCAGGUUCUGAAGAGGGAUAUUCCAUGGGAGACUUACAUGGUGACAAAGCUAAUUUCCGGGACGGAUCUUCAGCUACUAAGGCGAUAUGAUAAUAGACCUGAAAGUUACAGGGCACAAUUGUUAGAUGAUGAUGGUCCAGCUUAUGUUCGGGUAUUUGUUACCAUCUUACAUGACAUAUUUAAGGAAGAAACGGUCGAAUAUGUUCUGGCUUUAAUUGAUGAAAUGCUUACAGCAAACCCAAAAAGAGCCAGAUUAUUCCAUGAUAAGUCUCUUGCAAAUGAUGAUCCUUAUGAACCUUUCUUAAGGCAAGUAUUCAUUUAUGUAGUUUCUUUCAGUGUAAUUGUUCAGAUUGCUUUGGAAAGUGCUAGGCCAAAAACUCAAAGCCUUCUUUCAAAUGGAGAAGCCUCAAAUUCAAAGAGCAAAAUUACUUGCAUUGAUGAUGUGCUGAAGGGAUUGGUUGAAUGGCUCUGUGCCCAGCUGAAGAAGCCUUCGCAUCCUAGUCGUUCCAUUCCAACUGCAAUUAGCUGUUUAGCGACAUUACUUAAGGAACCUGUGGUCAGAUCUUUGUUUGUUCGGGGAGAUGGCGUGAAGUUACUGAUUCCAUUAAUUUGUCCUGCGUCCACUCAGCAAUCUAUUCAGCUUCUUUAUGAAACAUGUCUAUGUGUCUGGCUAUUGUCUUACUAUGAACCUGCAAUUGAAUACUUGGCUACUUCAAGAUCCUUGCCGCGACUUGUUGAUGUUGUAAAGAGUUCCACAAAAGAGAAGGUUGUCAGAGUGGUGGUCUUGACCUUUAGAAACUUGCUUUCCAAAGGUGCUUUUGGUGCUCAGAUGGUGGACCUUGGAUUGCCACAAAUUGUUCAAAAUUUGAAAGCACAAGCAUGGAGUGAUGAGUGUCUUUCUGCUGGAGUGGAAAGUUAUUUUAGAGGGGUUAGUGUAGCUGUACCAAAGUGUUGUAGCGUUCUUGGGUACUGUAGAAGUUCUACUUUUGACCUACUGGAGGCGCUGAACCAACUAGAAGAGGGGCUAAAGGAUAAGAUCAAGAAGUUGAGUUCUUUUGACAAAUACAAGCAAGAAGUUCUCCUUGGCCAUCUUGACUGGUCUCCUAUGCACAAAAAUCCUGCGUUCUGGCGUGAAAAUAUCACGAAUUUUGAAGAAAAUGAUUUCCAGAUUCUGAGGGUCCUCGUCACAAUUUUGGACACAUCCAAUGAUCCAAGAGCUCUGGCUGUUGCUUGCUUUGAUCUCUCGCAGUUUAUCCAGUACCAUCCUGCUGGGCGUGUCAUAGUCACAGAUCUUAAGGCCAAGGAAAGGGUGAUGAAACUGAUGAACCAUGAAAAUACUGAAGUUACCAAAAAUGCUCUACUCUGUAUUCAAAGGCUCUUCCUAGGUGCGAAGUAUGCAAGCUUUCUGCAGGUCUGA